GCAGGACAAUUACACCUAACUUUUCAUGUUUUCACGUCAGUCACAGACCUUCAUUACACACCAUACUGUCUAUGUAUGGCGAUCCACGACAACGAGGCCAAUUCUGAUAGCUUGUAGGAGUGCAGCUACUCUAGCAUGGAAGAAAUAAACACGUUUUCGAAAUAAAAUCCUUUUAUGACAAUUAUUUCUUAUGUAUAAAAUCAAUAUUCUAAUUGACGUUUCUGGGAGUUUUCUGCAAGCAAUGAAGAAAUUUUGAACGACAAAUAAUUCUUAUAGUUUCUGUUCACGCACAUCAAUUGCCGCACGUGAAUUUAAUGUAAUGCUCCUUCCGAGCACCCGCGUUAAAAUAUUACUAAGCAAGCUAUGUUUUUUCUGUUGUAUAGUAUCCAUAGAAAUAGUAAAAUCAUUCGGAAAAAGACAGCCAACCGCGUCGGUCGCUUUAGAACAUUGUAGCAAAUAAAUUAGUUCGAGAAAAUUGCUUCGUUUUUGAGUGCGUGUACUGAAGAAGGAAGAAUCGAAAUAGGUGAACCCAGACCCUCUGACCAUCAAACCGAGACGGGUCCGAACAUUGGUGCCAUGACCAGGAUUUUUCUGUAGGUCAAAGGGUUAUCGGAUACGCAAUUUUUGGUCGUUUGUUCGUCGCUAUUCUACAAGCCAGCUAUAGGGUAAAGGACCCUGCUGCAUUUUUAAAAUUGGAGCAUAGAAUAUCAGCAUACAAGGCCUAUUGUACAGGCUCAAACGGUGAGUACCUGUCCAAUAAUUUAUGCUGAUUCUGUUGGAUCUACCGGAUCUUUCUUUCUAGGUACCUGCUGCGCACUUUUCUUUCUCGAAAUUUCCGAAUACGGCUUGAACUAUUUCAACGCAUGCUACUGCGAUUUGGUGCUUGAGUUUGGAAAACUAUCUCGCUUGAACGAAUUGCCCACGAUCACGGGAGGCCUUGUUCAUCGUUACGUCGUGAGCAUUGGUCUUUUUUCACGAGUUAUCCAAUCGGUGCCGACACACUUGCCUGGACAUCAUUGGUCAAACAACGCUUCCGGAUUAUUGUUCCUGUAUCCGAAUUAAACAAAAUACAAGGCCUAUUUUCAUAGGCUCGCAGGUGAGCCUCUUUCCAAUCCUUAUACUUUUCUCCAGUGGGUGCUUGUUUGUGUUCCUUGUUUCGCAGUUGUCGUUUCAUUUCGUCUGCUUUCCAUCAACAUCGUCAUCAUGGGGAAGAAAACGAAGGCAAACCUGCAACUCCGGGAGGCUGUCAUCGGAUUCGUAUACCGGACCGAAAAGUUUGUUAAGAACUACGACGCUGACACCGACGUCCACCAACUGCAAGAACGGAUAGCAAAACUGGAUGAGAAGUGGAGCGAAUUUGAAAGCGUCCAAGGUGACAUUGAGGAAUUGGAGGAGGAUGAAAAUACAUGGCGGCCCAUGAGCAGUUUCGAGCGGAUUUCGAGGAGCUGUUUUUUAAGGUAAAGGCAGGGUUGAGGUCCAAGCUACCAUUCUCUCCACCCUCUCCCACCACUACUUCUUCCAUUAGAGAUAGGAAUGUGGGUGCAUGUACUGGCAUUCGCUUGCCCAAGAUCAGCUUGCCAGAGUUCAGUGGGGAAUACGAUAAAUGGCUGCCAUUCUUUGAUACUUUCCGAUCAUUGAUUCAUGAAAACACGGAUUUAAAUCAGAUCCAAAAAUUUCUGGUAUUGGUAGUUCUACUUUUCGAGUUUCACAUUCCGUGUCGACGACGAUUUCAUCUCGAAUAAGCGAUUACUCAGUACCGAUGGAAUUCUUUGUAAUGAAGAAAGUGACUGAGGACCAACCAUCAGCGACUAUCCCCAUUGGAGACUGGAAUCUUCCAACCGACUUCGAGUUAGCUGAUCCAGGGUUCAACAAACGUGGUGCGAUUGACCUUCUUCUCGGAUUGGAAUAUUUCUACGAGUUCCUCCUGCUCAAUGAUGGCCGGGUUCAAAUCCAGCGCAUAGGCAACGGGCGUCCACUAUUCGUCAACACAGUAUUCGGGUGAGUUGCAGCAGGAAAGGUUAACUUAGGUCGAAUGAAUCCAGUUCCCGUUUGUCAUGUGGCAGUUGACAACUCAUUGGAGCAGAAGAUCGAGCGAUUCUGGACUAUUGAGGAGAUUCAGGACGUUCCGCGGCUAACACAAGAAGAAAUCGAUUGCGAAAAUCAUUAUAAAGUCACGUUUUCGCGUGACACCGAAGGACGAUAUGUGGUUCGGCUCCCAAAACGAUUGGGUUUCGAAAAGAUGAUCGGAGACUCAAGAGAAAUGGCGGUACGGCGAUUGAUUCAGCUGGAGAGGCGUUUUAAGCGGGAUGAAGAUUUGCAUAAGCGGUACAGUGACUCCAUACGAGACUACUUGAUCAACGGGCACAUGUUAUUGGUCGAAGAUGUGGAGGAACGGUCUGAGCAUCGGCUCGUGUGUUAUUUGCCACAUCAUCCGGUCAUCAAGGAGACCAGCACGACAACAAAGAUUCGACCAGUGUUCGAUGGAUCAGCCAAGACAACCAGUAAUUAUUCCCUUAACAAUGCACUGAUGACGGGACCGGUUAUUCAGGAUCAACUAAUUGAUCUGAUCUUACGUUUCCGCAAGCACAAGGUAGCGUUAGUCGCAGAUAUCGAAAAGAUGUACCUACAGGUGAAGGUGCAUUCGGACGACUGUCCACUCCAACGCAUUCUCUGGCGGUUCUCUCCAUCCGAUCCGAUAAAGACUUACGAGUUACAACGGGUAACAUUUGGUUUGGCGCCCUCUUCAUUCCUCGCUACUCGAUCACUCCAGCAGUUGGCGGAAGAUGAAGGAGAUGCGUUUCCACGAGCGAAAGCGGCGCUCGUCGACGAUUUCUAUAUAGACGAUUACAUCGGAGGCGCUGAUUCUGUGGAAGAAGCGGUGUUACUGAGACAGGAACUUGAGCAGUUGUUACCAAAAGGUGGUUUUCGAUUGCGCAAAUGGAAUUCCAGUACGGAAGGCGUGCUGGAAGGCGUAUCUGCAGAAGAUUUAGGAACGCAAACUACAUUGGUGCUCGACAAGGAAGAGCAAGUGAAGGCGCUAGGGGUCAUUUGGAAACCGGGGCCGGAUGUACUUGGUAUCGACGUCUCCACAUCUAGCAUAAUCGGUUGCUGGACUUGGCGACAGGUGUAUUCAGUCAUUGCACGACUUUUCGACCCACUCGGACUCAUUGGUCCAGUCAUAACAUGGGCCAAGGUUCGGAUGCAGCAGCUCUGGGUGGCUACCCAAGAUUGGGACGAGCCACUUUCACAGGAAUUAACGGAACGGUGGGCACAAUUCUACGAACAACUUCCUCUCCUCUCUAAUGUGAAGGUGAAUCGUUUCGCCUUCUGUUCGCAGCCAUACCUGGUGCAGUUUCACAUCUUCUCAGAUGCAUCGGAGGCGGCGUAUGGGGCGUGUAUUUAUGCUCGAACGAUUAGUCAAACGGGACUGAUCAAGGUGGAGUUAUUGUCAUCAAAAUCACGACCAGCACCGUUGAAAAGGGUCAGCAUCGCAAGGUUGGAGCUCUGUGGGGCGUUGGUCGCAGCGAAACUCUACCAAAAAGUACGACAUGCGCUAAAGAUGGACGACACUGAAGCUUGGUUUUGGUCUGAUUCGACGGUGGUCCUUUGCUGGUUGAGAUCACCAUCCUAUGUCUGGCCGACGUACGUUGAGAACCGUGUCUCACAAAUCCAGGAAUGGACGAAAGGUCAUCGAUGGAAUCACGUCAAGGGGAUGGAGAAUCCAGCCGAUCUCGUGUCACGAGGGGUCACACCGAAGGACUUUGUCGAUCUGCAAAACUGGUUCCACGGUCCUGCUUGGUUAUCGCUGCUGGACCAACACUGGAAUAAUUCCAAACGGUAUGAAGAUCCACCGGAAGACCAAUUAGAACGAAAACGGAUCAUUUUAACCGCUUUAACACAUAUGGAAACACAUUCACUAAUCGACCGUAUCUCAUCGUACUGGAAGUUGCUUCGAGUAACAGCUCUUUGUUUACGCUUCGCGCGGAAAUGUCAGCGUCGACACAACGAAAUUCCUGACAUCUCUCACAUCAGUGUCGCAGAACUGCAAGUCGCAAAACAAGUUUUGGUUCGUCAGGUGCAGCAGGAAGCGUUCGCUACAGAGCUUAAGGAGCUAUCCAAUCAUCGCGUCGUCCCAGUCCGUUAACCGCUGAAACUCCUCAACCCGUUUCUCGAUCAGCAAGGCGUACUCCGUGUUGGUGGCCGGCUUGAAGCCGCGAACGAAUCGUUUCCCGUAAGGCACCUCAUCAUCAUCCCUAGCA